AAUUAAAACGGCUGUACACCGUAUGGACCUGUAAACCCAAUUUCCCUGUACAGGAUUAUGAGUAAACCGUAUGGGUUAACAUGGAUGCUGACAGCAUAGUGUAAAGGCAACAUGUUUCACCCUGUUUUUUUAUUGCACUUACUACAGUAUAUUGCUAAAUUGUGGCGUAAUCUUCAAAGCUUUCCCAGCGCUUAUUUUGCAAGCUGGCAGGCAACAUCAGCGAUGGCUAACAAUAAUUGCCCAAUGGCCACUAAGUACUUUUGCAUGCAUACAAAUACCGGUAGUUUUAUUGUAUUUGUGGGGAAAUCCAUGUAGAGUACAGUAUUUAAAUACCUGAACGUUAGGCCACGUGGUACUUGGCGUUAGUUUAAUCUUGGAUUUUUUCUUAAUAUAUUUUCUUUGGUUACGAACCUUUAAAGCACAGUAAAAGUGAUGUUUGCAACGAUUGCACGUGAUGUGCAGAAACAAUACAGUACCUCUAACCAUAUUUUGAAUGUUGUAUAGGUUAUCUAGGGCUUACGUUCUCAUGAGGCACGUGGUUGAUAGACACAGCCAUAGCGGAGGUAUACUUGAUGUGGUGUGUCAGGUGCAGACAGACCCGGCAUAGAUUAAUCUCUGGGUAAAGCUGCCUCGCAUAUUUUCCAAUGAUUUUUUGUUGAACUUUUGGUACAUAUAGAUGCACAGCCCUUUGUCAAUCCACUGCUGGAUCAAGGCCCUCCAUACACCGCGUUGGUCAGUGCGGGUUGGUAAAGGCGAAGAGCAUCAAUGUGGGAGCAUAUCAUUUGUGUGCCAUGGAUGUUACUGCAUUGUCCUAUGGUGCCCACAUCAGUGUGCACACAAAACAUGACUACAUGUGUGUGUAGCUUCAUCUGAACUUAAUAUUGUGUUAAAAAUGCAUGGUAUCAGGCUAAAUUACAAUAUUAUGUAAAUAUAAUCACCGCGGGUGAAUGUUUUCACUUUAAAAAAAAAUUGUGCUGUACUGUAGUUAUAGUGAUGGAAGCUGUAUUCCUUAAUUUGGUACCCAUUUGUUUUUAUCAACCAAGCAUGGGUGGAUGUGAUUGAUUCUAAAUACAGUAAAUUGUCCCCAAUGCAUUCACUUUAGGAAGUCGUUGGCUGAAGAUUAUCCAGUGGUUGGCUGAAGCACUCUGCAGUAAAUUAAAAUUGUGGUUUAAAGGAAUAACGUCAAAUCAAGUAGUUGUUUCUUUUGACAGUUUUUUUAUAACGAGCCUCAUGCAAAUCACUAAAUACAGUUUGAACAGUAAAAGAAAGGUGUGAUUGCGCCUGUGUAACCGUUUGAGUAUGUGUCUUCUUACAUAUGCUUGACGUAUUACAUCAACACGCAAUGGGCAAGUGGCGGGAGGGACAUCCAUCAGUAGACAACUUCAUUGGCUGCUGCCACUCCCGUAAAAGAAACAAAGGCUUGCAAUGGGUUAUAAACCAACUCGAAGGGCGGUGGGAUUUUAAACACGUCACUUUACGAACACUAACCUCUUUAACACCACAAACGACGCCGUGGAUAGUUCCAUCAAGAUCAAUUGCAGUCGCGCAGAGCUUUGAAUGAGGCAAAAAUAGUUUUUUUGGUGCUAGUUUUGCCAAAAUAUUUUCCAAAACUCCCCCACGCCUGCAGAUAGUUUUACCCAGCCACACACGCCUCACUUAUGUUAUCCCAGCUGUACUCUUCUUGUGUUGGCUGUAUCUGGAAUUGUAUCCGUGUCAGUGUAAACGUGACGAUGUGCAGAACUGCAGUGAGACCAGUGUAACAGGACGUAAGCUACCAAACAUACCUAUUGAAGUGAGUUUUUGUGAUGCCAUUUAUCACACGCAUUUUUUGUAAAACUGUUGUCUUUAAAAAAUAAAAUCUAAAUCGCAUAUAUAUGUUAAUGUUUCGUCCGUAAAAAAAAAUACAAAGGGUAAUGUACCCUUAAUCCCUACUAAAAAUGCAAAUUCAGUUCAGAGCAGAAUUGUUCGUGUGCCAAGCUACUGCUGGAUGCGGGCCAGCAUUACAUACAUGCCUGACAGAAUUGGGUCGAGUGAAAUAUAUUGUAGCUUCGACAUUAUUAAGUGCAUACUGUUGAAAAAAUAAGUGUUAGAGGUCAAGACCUUUAAUACUGAAUGUUAUCGCAGUUUUCAGUUUAAAAUACAAUGAAAUGUAAAACCGUAAAUGUGUAAUGCUCAUAUUACAGAUUUCCACAGGCCACGGGUCUCACUGUGUGUUUAAAGGAGAACCGUGCAACCUGAUUUUCAUGUUCUUGGUUCUUUCGGUAGUCACCACGUAGAAGGGAAACAAUAAAAUAAUAAAAAUAUAAAACAAUAAAAUUCUCACGUUUCGACUGCAACACAAGCACUCGUCAUCAGGUUGGUUGAUUUUCAUGCUUCAUAUUAAACUGCAGAGUAGAGGAAGACACAGAUAUGAUAGCAACUGCAAAUUUGACAGCAUAUACAAUAUAGAUAAGCAGAAUGUCUCAUUCAUAUAUGAAGUAGUUUUAAGCACUGUCAAACAUUAUUGUGUAAAGAUUCUAAUCAAUAAGUUAUCAAACAUCGCCCACAGAUAUUGGAAGCAAUACAAAAUGCAAUGUGCAACUAAUUAUUGUGAGCCACGAUUCAACUUUUGAACCUUUCAAGUUAAAAACCCCAAAAUUGUGCAAAGUAUGGCGUACAUUGCACAUUGAGGAAGUGAACAGUAAUUGUAUUAAGCAGUUCCGGAAUUAUAAAUCAUGUGAACAAAUAAAUCCGCUGAUUACAGUCGCCACAUGCACUUGCAAACAAACCCGUGAAACAUGUGAAGAGGAGCGUGAGUCGUGAAACCCGCGACCCCCAGCUGUGGGUCUCACCGCCCGCGCUUCCCAAAUAUUUGCAAAUUCGUACGUAAAUAACCCAUGCAGACAGAGCUCUGGUCAUGUGCAAUUGUGUUUAUUUCCUUUCAACUAUAUCCUUUAGUAGUUGUUUUUUGAUAAAGCGUGAGGGCAUGAAGUGCAACCUGCAUGUUGUGCGUUGGUCUGUUACCAAGGUUGGGGAAAACCUGCUCUGCGUGGUGGUGUUUGAAGGCGAGCCCUUAAACAAGGUGAACGUGGCAGAGUUGUUUGCUGGAAAGACUGGCAUCCAGUAAGGAGUCCCGAGAGCUAUCACCCCUGGGUGUUCCGAGUUUGUGUUCUUGUAAUUAAUACUCAGCUUUGUCACGUACUGAUUUAAUGAAAGCUCUGGCACCGGAGGUGUUAACCCUUUGGAUUUAUAUUGUACUGUAUUUGCCUUGAGUACAAUUACUGUUAUACCUUUGCUUGCAUCCAACAACUACCUCUGUAUUCUGACAGGCUCACUUGCCCAGCUUUGUAAAAUUAAACUAAACCCUUUUUUGUACGUUAUUUUACGAGGUAAGGCAGAUGAGCUGAAAGGGAAAGGCAGGGAGGUGAUUGCCUGUGUUUCUGUCAAUGACCUCUUCGUGAUAUGUGCCUGGGGCCAGGCCAACCAUGCUGAUGGCAAGGUAUGAACUGGAGCACACAAAAUCCUCUCGUGUAGUCUGCAGCAUUAUAUUACCCAUUUACUUGAAAAUGAGCAGAUUUCCAUCGAACAGGAGUGGUCAUUAACGUAUUGCAAAUGUGAAAUAACAUGCACAUCCAAUUUUCUAAUUACCCAAAGGACCACACUGUGAGUCAUCAAUCACAUUUUUUUCUGAUGGUAAUAAAAUAUGUCCUGUAUUGUUCUCUAGAGGCAUGGGUUUUUAUAUUUGUUGUGGAACAAUAAUCAGUGUUUAAUAUAUUUUAAUAGACCUUCCCAUCACUAAUAAUGAAUGACUUGGCUAUACAUGAUGCUCAGAUUGUUCAACUAGUCUGCUUAUGUUUAGGUGUGAAUGGUGACAGAUCCCACCGGAGCCCUUGAAGAGGAAAUUGCAAAACAUCAACAGAAAUGUUUGCAUUUAAUCAAGAAUAAUCCAAAUCUGGCUGCCAUGAUUGGGAGGCAAACGUUCCACGAGGUACACCAUGCUGCUGAAGAAUGGUGUAGUGAGAAAGCUGUUCAUUGAGUCUGAUGGAACAGGGCUCACCUGCAGCUUGGCUUGUGGAAGAAAUGAUGCACGAGGCUCAGCAACCAAAAAUGCUCUCGCUCUUUAGUGAUGACCAAAAGAUUACCUUAAGAAAAAAUGCUGCUUGUCUGGAACUGCGUAUAAAAUCCCUACAGUCUCCAGAUUUAGAAAAUGCCUUCCUGUUAGAACAACUGGAGCAAAUAUACUUAGUUUUGCAGAACAUCAUGCUCCCAUGUCAAGAUUUUCCAUUUGACGUGACGCCUCUUUCUGCAAAAAAGUUACCUAAGCCUAAAGCUCCUAAGAAACUGGACUCUCCGAGAAUAUCAGGAAAUAGAGAUGGGACUUUAUUGCCACGCCUCAAGCCCAAGCAUGGCAGGACAUUGCUGACCAUCAAGAUUGUGAACAUGGGCUUGAAGGACGCAGCCCUCUGUGUGGAUCCUUACAUCACGAUCACAGUCCGAGAUGUGUGUGGAACAGAGUUGACUACAUCACAAGAUACACCUUUUGCUGUUAAUCUGGAAGGAACAUAUUUGAUUUUCCAAGUGGAUGUAGAAAUACAAUUGCCAGUUGAAGACAUUCCAACAGAUGCUGCCAUCUUCUUUGAAUUAAAACACUAUAAGCCCUUAAAGCGCUUGACAAGCACCAAGUGUUUUGCCUUGCUUGAAAUGGAUGAGAUCCGGCCUGGAGCUGCCAUCAUCGAGCUGUACAAGAAGCCAACUGACUACCGGAGAAAGAAACUGCAGCUGUUGACAAAGAAGCCCCUUUAUCUCCACAUCCAUCAAACACUUCUCCACACAGCAUGAUUUCCUUCCAAAGAACUGAGCCAUACACCUAUGCAUGCUCACAGUCAAAAUAAAAUACCUCUCUUUUGGUCGAAAAGAUGGUCAGGCCAAGAUCCAUCAUGCAGCUUUCCAAGUUAUGACAUACGAAUUCAUAAAUUAUAUAGUUCUUGGCCAGAAUGUACAAUACCCAUGUAUACAAAGGCCUGAAUUGAGUAAAAUAAAAAACAUGUCCUGUAGUAAUUUGUUAUAAACCCACAUUUCUCACAAUAAUAUUUUAUUUAAACAUAAUUAAAUGUUAGCCACUUUUAAUGGGCCAAGAGCUUUCAUUCAUGUAGAGAGUGAUGUUACUGAAUUCUGUCAGCACACCGAGAUUACAGUUAUUAUCAGCCAUAGUCUAUACACUACUGGAUAAAGGUCUGUACAUGCAGUCAUCAUUGUUCUCAGUCCUAUGAUGCCACAAUCCAUCUCAUUGCUUAACCAAACACAAAAAUGGGACAUCAUAGUCCUGUGGUAAUAAUUUGUCAUGGUCAAUCACAGUAAAUAAGAUUCUCACUCGUACAGGCAAGAACCCACUCACAAGUUAUUUAAUAUUUUUAGUCGUGUUACUGGCAAAUGUUGAGGUUAUGUUGCAGUAUUUGUAUUUUAAAAUGAAUCAUGCAUUUAAAAACAUGUACUUUUAUGUACUGCCUAGUCUUUGUCAUGGAAGCUAUUGUUUGUAGUGUAAUAUUUGCAGUGUAUAGUUUGGCCUCUAGCGAUGAUGACUCCUUUACCAUUUACCAACAUACUGUACUACUGUGAUGAUACAACAGUUAAUUGUUGUGUGGGAAAAUAGCAGUUUGUUUUUAUUUUGCUGACUGCCAUUCAAAUUUCAUAACAGUA